AUGCUGAGGUUAGGGUGUGUUGCUGUUACCCUGCUCUACCUUGUGAAAGGUUCUUUUUGUCAGCUGAAUGUAUGUGGUCGCGCACCUUUAAACCCCAAAAUUGUGGGUGGACAGAACGCCUCUGCAGGAGCAUGGCCAUGGCAGGUUAGUUUACACAGCAUUUCCUCAGGUUUCCACUUCUGUGGAGGAUCCCUUAUCAACAAGGACUGGAUUCUGUCAGCAGCCCACUGCUUCACUGGAAGCUAUAAUAAUGCCGCUGACCUGGUCGUAUACUUAGGGAAACAAACUCAACAGGGCUCCAAUCCUCACCAAAUCUCCAGACGUGUGAAAAAAAUCAUCACCCACUCCAAAUAUGCUUCCUUUGCGAAUAACAAUGAUAUUGCACUGUUGCGUUUGACUACCGCUGUCACCUUUACGGACUACAUCAGACCUGUGUGCUUGGCAGCAAAGUGCAGCACUUUUAAUGCUGGUACCAGAUGUUGGAUCACAGGCUGGGGAGACAUUGCUUCCAAUGUGGAGCUACCUCGUCCUGGUGUGCUGCAGCAGACAAUAGUGCCAGUUGUCAGUCAGACUGUGUGUGAUAAAUAUCUGGGACCUGGAGCCAUAACUUCUAAUAUGAUAUGUGCUGGCUUGCUAGAAGGAGGCAAGGACACCUGCCAGGGUGAUUCUGGAGGUCCCAUGGUGAUUAAGAAGAAUACAGCCUGGGUUCAGGCUGGCAUCACUAGCUGGGGUAUAGGCUGUGCUGAUCCUAACUCACCUGGUGUGUACACACGAGUGUCCGAGUACCAGACCUGGAUAACCAACAAUAUCAAAUUAAAUCUGCCUGGCUUUGUCAAAUACUAG